AGUCGUAGAUAUGAUGUAUCGAUCGGGAGCCCGACUGCAAUUGAAGGCCGAUGUAGGCGCGGUGUGGAGAGGCUGGAUGCACCGCCCACCGAUUCCAGGUGGCAGGUGGCAGGACGUCCUCGCAGCUCCUCUUCUUGCCCGGCCGCAAAAGCGCCCUGCGGCAGUAUUCGCGCCGCCACCGAGCUAGCAUCACGUGGCUGACGAUACAAUCUACAUCAACUUAAUUGUCAACUACUGCAGCAACUGCUGGAGAUGGCUACUUCUUUCUUCUGCUUUUCGCUGAAACGCCGCAAAAGACGUCGCAGAGAUGAGGAAGAGGGGAUGGCGCUCCAAGAAAUGGUGUCCCAGCAGAUGGAGCCGCUGAUGAUUCAGCCGAGUGCCAGGGCUCCACUGGCACGCCCAGACUCUGUCGAGAUCAACGAUCUGGAGGCCUUUGAAGAUGCUUUGGAACCCUCGAUGGAUCUCCGGCAGUCGUUGGCGGAUUGUCAGCUUGCCAUAGAGAAGUUCUUCUCUAAUGAUGUAAAGGCUGCUGUCGAUGUGAUGGAGCCAUGGAGGGAGAAGUCUCUAUAUCACAGUCACGGAGCUGCCAUUUUUGAAUUCAUCCCAGCAAUGCUCACGCUGGAGCCCCAGCAAGUGCAGAAGGCGCUAGCAGCGGUGAAAGAGACCUGCCAACUCUGCAACCGGCUCCGCAGACAGUUCAACUUCGUUGAAUCCUUGGGCACCAUCAUCAAGAAGCCAAACUGGAACGGCUAUUCGGAGCUUGAGGCACACGCAGAGCUUAUCCACGCAGAGGCACUCCUUGUGCAGGCCAGCCUUCUUGCCAUUGAGAGCGAGGACUUCACGGGUCUCCUGCGAGCUACACUGCGUAUCAAGAACUCACACAAUUCAUACAAGGACUGCGUAAAGAUCUUAGAGAAGAAGCAAUGGGAGGACCCGGAGUCGAAGGUACACUUCGAGAGCGGCGUGCGACUGGGUGUGGCCACUUUCAACGUCAUGAUCUCGCUGUUGCCACCCAAGGUCAUCGCACUGCUGGAGUUUGUGGGCUUCUCGGGAGACAAGGAGUUUGGCCUGGCGGAGCUGAUGAUUGGCGCGCGCUCUCCCGGUCUUCGCUCAAUUCUGUGCACUUUGACGCUUCUGGUUCACACCCUUGUCAUCGGCCAAUUCGCAGCCAUCCCGCCUGACUAUGAAUUAGCGCAGACGUUGAUUGAAGAAAACCUAACGAAGUACCCGAACAGCGCGUGGUUCCUGAUGUUCAAGGGUCGACUCGAGUUGUUGCUGGGCAAGCCGCAGGAAGCCAUUCAGACAUACGAGCUGGCCUCCAGCACGGAGGGUCUGUGGCCACAACUCAUUCACUUGGCCUACUGGGAGACUAUGUGGGCCCAUGCCAUGAUGUCCGAGUGGAAGGAGUCGGCGAGUUUCGCUACCAAGCUGCUAGAAGAAAGCCUGUGGUCGCGCACCAUUUACGCGUACGUCUGUGUCGCUGCCGCGCUGCACCUCGAUGACGCGGCCAGUCAAUAUAUCAACAUUAUGGACAUGAUCAAAGCAGCUUCAAACUACCGGCAACGCAUAAUGGGUCGGUCGGUGCCGAUGGAGAAAUUCGCCCUGAAGCGCUGCGCACGCCUCAGAAUGCGCGGCCGCCUCACCUUGCCAGUCGCUGAACUACUGUGCAUUUGGAAUAUGUACCCUGCUAUCGCCAAAGACAAGAACCUGGCGGAUUCUAUGUUAAAGCUCAUAGAAGAUGCCCAAAAAACCAUCGAGGCGGAGAUAAAGAACAAAACUGCCGCCGCUGAUGCUGUGAUUAUUAAUUUGCCACAAGUAGAAGACAAGCGUGAACCAAGCGAUUUUGACGAUCUGGCGCUCAUCAAACACUUACGAGGCUCGUUGUUGUCCGCCAUGAACUACCCGAGACUUGCGCUCAAAUAUCUGGAAGAAGUGAUCAGCCUGAAAGACAAAAUUAAGGAGAAUUCCUUCCUGAUCCCAUACACCAUGGUGGAGAUAGCCAUGUGCCACCACACCCUCGGCGAUCCCGACAAAGCAAUGAAAACACUCCAAGAGGCCAGGAAGAAAACUGGAUAUGCUAUGGAGUCACGGCUACAGUUCCGUAUUCACUCAAAGAUCGAGAUAAUUCGUAACAACCAAAAAGCUGCACCUCCAAGCUUGGCCACUCAUGCUGGCGUACGAGCCAAGAUGGACAUACCUGCGACACUGGGAACUCAAGGCAACUUGGUGUCUGUAACCCACGCCAAGGAGCCUGCCAGUAAAACCGAUGAGAAGGAAGCUGCCAGUAAUUACCCCGAAGAGGAAUCCACAGAUUUGGAACAAAUAAAUCCUUCAAAGAAUACCCCCACCGAUUUAUCUCCAGUAGCAGGUACAUCCAGGGAUAUCCAUGAUACUGUUAUUACCACUGAGGGCGUCCAACUAGUGCCGAAAUCCAAGCUGUCUCCAGAGCUAGAGGCGCAGAAGGCUCGCGGCCUCAGCAUGGCUCCACCCAAGGACUCCAAGUGACACAGGCCUGCGGGCUGGGGCCACAAGUAUACGAACAACACCCGUAUCAUUUGGAGUUAUUUCAUCUGCCCAGCCUUCCACCUACCUACGUCGAUGCCAAGAUUUGACUUCCGCACUCCUGAAUAGAUUAUAGAAAGGCGUCUCUUCAAUACAUAAUGUCUUUUAUGGUAUAUAUUAUUACACUUAAUCGAUGUCAAUGUUAGAAAUAGUUCCGUAGGUUUGCUUGCUUUGUAAGUAAGUCUGUAAACAUGCUCACAAUUACUUGUAUAAGUACUUGUUUGUAUUGUGCUUAAAUAUGCUUUAAAUUUUUAAGUUUAAAUCAAUACCAUUUUUGCAUCUAUGUAACAUCGUUAGCUAAUUGUGAAGGUUGGGACAGUAAGAAAUUGUGGUAGUCAUACUAUACCAGUAUUGACUGGUUUAGGCACAUCAAAAUAUUUGCUUGCUUUACUUUUAAUUGAGAAGCUACCAAACCUACUCACUACAUAGACAGAAUACAGACCUCAAGAUUAAAUUUUAGGCUUUCUGCCAAUCACCUAAAAACAGUUCUUCACAGAAUAAGUAUUUCAACUUUAUGAGUAAAUAGGUAGUAAGUUGUUCUUGGUGGCCACUGCGAUUCCAAAUACAUAAUUUAAUAAAAAACAUAUAUUUUACAGCUGGAAAAUUUUAAUGCGCAUAGUCUAGACUCUAGGUUAAAGGAAAGUAAGUAAAAUAUUUUAUGUAAGUAAAUGUAAAGUCUAGGCCAAUAAUAUUUUAGAUACAGCACAUAUAUACGUUAGUAUUUUUCAAUAAUUUUGUAAAUAGAGAGUAUAUUUUCUUGCAUAUUCUCCUUUAACGAUUAUGAAUAGUUUUACUCCUCAAAUUAUUCGUCCAUUUUUUAAGAGAAAAUAAAUGGGUAGGUACUUUAAAAAUUAUAUUUUUGGCCGAUUUUAAGGUUGAUUUAUAACGGUUAUUAUAUUAUAGUAUUAUAUAUUAUAUUAUAUGCUCCAUCUAUUCGGUUGUCGGAAAUUUUAAAAUAGAUACGUAUGUCCUACAUAAUGUUAGGUAUACUGUCAAAGCCGUGAUAUUACAAUUUCACUAGUGAAAUUAUAAUUAAACGGUAGAUUGUCAAUCGACUUCACUUCUUACAAUUUCAUGGUCUGUUUUUAAUGACAUUGUAAUGUCAAGGGGACCCUAUAGCGAUAUUAUAAUAAAUCUAGGCAGUUUACAAAUGCAAAAAGGAGUGUGAGACGUUGAACAUUCUGAUUGGUAUUUUUUUUUCAUACGCAAUUUGCAUACGCAAUUUUGUGAAUGCAAUUUUUCAUCUGUAAUUAUUGUUGAAAUAGUACUGAACGAGAGCCGAUUCGGUUCCAGCGCUCGCCGGCCCAGUGGCCGCGUAGCAGGCCGCGGCAGUCCGCGGCAUGCUACGCUCGGCUCAUGCAUUGUGAUUAACAUUGUUAAUUUGUUUUUGGGACCUACUAGCGAACAAGGGCCGAUUCGGAUAUAUACCAAUUUGUUGAUUACACUAAUGCAUAACUAAAAAAUAAUGAUUAUACAAUAAAUACAAGAAACAGACCAAUCAGGGACGGGCUCAUAAACUAACGACCAGAAAAAUUGUCAAAAUAUCAUUGUCUUACAAUAUCACCAUAGUGUUAACGUGUCAAAAAAAUAAUAAAUAUCACUAGUGAAAUUGUAAUAUCACGGCUUUGACAAUAUAUCUGCGACAUAUAUAAUAUGUUUUAAUCAUCAAAGAUAAUUCCUGGCUGUCGAUUUACGAAUACUCCUAUGAUCAUACAUACGGUAUUAGAAUUCUUUUUAUUUUAUAUUAAUUAUAUUAUUUAUUUGAUUAAUUAAUUUGCAAGAAUUCGAACGGAAUUCAGCUGAGACCUACUAUUUAAGUGCACAUAACCAAUAUUUAUUGUAGUAAACGAUGCCACAAACUGUAUUCUAAACUUGAAAAUACGUUAAGUACACCUCAAUUUAUAUAUUAUCUUGUAUGAAUACUUUAUUAUUCCUAAGACUUCUAUUUAUAUAUUUUGUAUAUUUACUGAUAAAAUCACACAGAAGAAAAAAAAACACUUUCCUUUUUCUGUUCUGUGCCAAAUCACUAUGGUAUAAAAAAAAUAUUAUAAUUGUCCACACCAAUAUGUAAAAUUAGGUGUGUUCUAUCCAUAACAUGUUUAUUUCUACCGUGAAUUCCUCACAUAACAAAACGCCGAAACAAACAGAAAAAUAAAUCUAAUAAUCUUUAUAUGUACCUACACUAAAUGUACCUAGUGAUUUGAACAAUGUAAAUAAAUAUUUAUUGUCAAAUAUAAAAUGGUGAUUAUAGGUACGAUAAAAUGACAAUAUGUUUUAAGUUCAAAAUUUCUUAAUUAUUGUCUUUUCAUAUGUAACGGUUGGCUGGUCUGUAGUACCGAGGGCCGGUUUGAUCACCAGUUAACUAGGCCCGGCUUGAUCACCAGUUAACUAUGCCCGAAUUCAUCAACAGUUAACUAGGCCCGGCUUGAUCACCUGUGAACUCUGCCCGGUUUCAUCACCAGUAAACUAGACCCGGCAAGUUUAGUUAACUCUGCCCGGAUUAAUGACCAGUUAACUAGGCCCGGCUUGAUCGCCAGUUAACUCUGCCUGGUUUCAUCACUGGUCAAUCGACCCGGCUUGAUCACCAGUUUAUUCUGCCUGGUUUCAUCACGAGUUAACUAGGCCCGGCUUGAUCACCAGUUAACUCUGCCCGGGUUGAUCAUCAGUUAACUCAGCCCGGUUUGGUCACCAGUUAACUCGGCCCCUGGUGCUAUUUUCCACCGCAUGCUGGUUAUUAUUACUUACACGGCGCUGAAGACGUGCUACUACGUAUGAAAGCUCACUCAACGACUAUAGACCACUCAUCGCCGCAUCCCGGGACCUAUUACAGGCUACUAGACAAGGUCGUCUGAAGGUCAAGAGGCUCAUAAACUUUAGUGUCGAAGCUAGUCCGAUCCAAGUUGACGUUCGGGUACUACUGAUACAAACAUACACUUAUAAUGCCUACUAGCCGGUUAAGCUGUGUUAGUAAGUCUUUUGUGGGUCGUACAGUAUAUGCUUUUAUAACAAGAUCCCAUGGAAACCCGCCGAGUUUCCUGCGCCAGUCCUUCUCAGGUCUGAGGCAUACUUUUCCGAAUGGUUGGUAGUUUUUGACUUUCAAUAAUGGGAAUAUUAUAUCCUUUUUUGAAUGAAAAUAUUUGAAUAUAAUUGAAGAGGGCUAAUAUAGAGCCUAUUCAAAUUUCAAUCACUUAUAUCAUUAUUGUCACACGUAAAGUGCUUUGUGUAUGUUUUAUUCAAGCACCAAUCAUAUAAAAAUAAGGGACGAGACGAGCAGGACGUUCAGCUGACGGUAAUUGAUACGCCUUGCCCAUAACAAUUCAGUGCCGCUCAGGAUUAUUGAAAAACCCAAAAAUCCUGAGCGGCACUACAAUUCCGCUCGUCACCUUGAGACAUAAGAUGCUAAGUGUCAUUUGCCCAGUAAUUUCACUAGCUACGGCGCCCUUUGACCGAAACACAGUACUGCUUACAUAUUACUGCUUCAUAGCAGAAAUAGGCGCCGUUGUGGUACCCAUAAUCUAGCUAGCAUCCUGUGAGCCUCUAACUGGUAUUCAAAAUGCUUUUAUACAAGCAAUAUUUUAUAUUAUAUGAUAUAUGGUGGCUUAUUGUCACUGUUUGUUGCUACUCAGCACACACUUGGUAGCUGUACCUAUUCUAUUGCGGUUUAUGAGCAGGCCGUUGACGGAUAGAUGAGUGGUAUGAAGUCAGCACCAAAAACUUGACCUUGAGCCAUUGAUGAGCGGCGUGACGUUCCAUUCACAGCGCAGUGUGCCAAAUCAACUAACGAAUUAAUGUCAAAUUGGGAUCGCCAUUGAUAUGUAGAUAGACCACUUAUGCCAUGAACUUUCUGUCCAAUGUUUUAGUACACUUUUACCCUUUUAUAAUAUUAUAUCUAUGAACACGGUAGGUAGCCUAUAUAUUUAUAUUCUAUAUGUUUGAGUAAUUGUUUGUACACAUUAUAAAUAUAAAAAUAUCCUAGCCAUGUCUACUCCGAUCACCUUAUCUAUUGUUAUAAGUUUUUACCUUGGACAUUGAGGUGCACUCUAUUUAUUUAAGUUGGUAACAGGUUAAGUACAUACAUAUGUUAUGUUUAUUAUAUGUAUAAACUCAGCACAAGUCUUGGGCGGUACCAUUAUGAACGCUAUCAAAUUAUCAAACUUCAACAUUAAUGUGCAUUAGUAUCGCCCAUCGCUCAACAUGUGUGUGGGGGCCUAUAUAGACAUAACAUGAAAAUUGUUUAAUAGCAUUUUAUGAUAUUUGAUGUCAUGCUUAAAAUGUAAAAAUAAUAUGAUGUGAUUGUGUUGCAAUACAACGAACUCUUCGCAAUGAUGGGCACAUUAUUAAAUUGACAAAAUUUUGUGAUUAUAAGCAUAUUUUAGAAAUAUUUUGUUAAAUAUUUUCUUAAAUUAAGUAUCCCUACCUGCUUAUUUAUCAUUAUUGUCAGGGUUCAACCUAUUUUAUAUAAAUAAACAUUUUUAUAUUGGUAUUUACUUACUGUAUAUUUUAGAUUCCUCACAUUUUUAUCAUAUCCCGGAUGAAAGCAGGGUCCGGAAACUAGUGUAAUUAAUUAUAUAUUUAUAAUUUUGUAGUACCCAAUUUGUUAAUCAGAUAUACUAAAUUUAUAAUGGAUUUACUACCUACAUUAAAUGUGAAAAUUUAACACUAAAAUAUAGAUUGUUUUACCUAUGGUAUAUCUACUUCUCAAUAAUCUAGAAUAGUUAAGAAUAAAAUAUUAUAUUACUGAAUAUUAUGUGUUUGACAUAAGGCUCAAAAAUAUAUUAUGUUGUUGUUUUAUUUAUAACAAUAUGCUUCAUUUAUAUUUAAUGUUAUAGCAUUAAUGUAAUUGUUCGGUGUCUUUAUCAGGACCUGGUGUAGGAAACACUAGGCUGCUCAUAAUUAUAAUAAGCUUGACAAGUUUAGGAUUUAAAUGUCUAUUAGUUAUUAUAAUAUAAUAUAAAAAUAUCUACACACUCUUACUUAAUAGCUGUAUUGUUAUGUACAUAGAUGUCUGGUUUACACCUAUCUAGAGCUAUUUUGGAAACAUAGUGUUUCAACAAAUAUUUAGCUUCAUAUCAUUCCGAUAUCAGAUCUUACUUUUGAAAUGAUAACAGUGCUAUGCCAUUAUAUUAUUAUGCUGUUCAAACAACUGGAAAUGUAUUUGCAUCUAUGCCUCAUACGCAUUGCGAAAAUGAUUUUUUAAUGAUUAUCUAUAGAUAGCGAUUGUUGAUGUAUUUAUAUGUUUAAUGGUAUAAAAUGUGCUUUGGGACUUUUACUAUGAUUAGACCAUUCAGUGCAACCGCAUUCCAAAUCUUGUAUAAUAUGGGCAGUAAGUACUCUUUUGUAAAUCAAGCGAUAUCACAAUGCAUCAUCUAUGGCAUUGAGACGCGCGAUACACCUAGCCGAAGAAUCUUCAAAGCAGGCUCUCGACAAGACAGUGCGAACCUCUACUUAUUUUGAGUAAUGUUAGCUUAGCUUCCUCGAACCUUCGCUCGAGAACUGUCAUUUAUAUAUUUCAUGGCAAAGUCAAAUGCAUUCUGAUGUCGCUCGGAUAACAUACUCGUGGUAAUAUAUAAAAUAAUAAAAUAGUCUAUAUUAUUUAAUUAAUGAUGAAGAUAACCGAGUAGUCUUGCUUCGUACUAACAACACCGCUGCCACAGAUAAAAUAUUAACGAAGGCUGACUUUUCAAGUUAUUUAUCAGCUGAAAUGUGAACACUCCCACCCCAUCUAUGGAGGGUAGAGGUAAAAAGAACUAUCACUUAUGAGGAAACAUUGGACACAGUACACUAACUGUUAGUAGUAAAAUAUAAUAGUUCCAAAUCUCACCAGAAUGGCGCUAAAGUAAAUAAAUUUCUUUAUUUUGUUUUUGACAAAGUGAAAUGCGCUUAACAGACAUAAAAAAAAUUAAGUUACGUUAUUUAAAAUAUUUUUAUUUUAUUUUUGCGCUUACUUUUAAAAUUUAAUAACUUGCUACUGUAGCGCAGUAGUCUACCCCAGUCUGACACCAGCGCCAGAUAAUGCGCGUGGCCUAAAACGGAACUAAUUGUGAGAAUCACACUCACAAUCUUUCUUAUAGCGUUAAUUUGAAGAAAUGCUAACACGAGUUUAUAAUUUCGGCUGAACUGUAACUGGUGGUAAUGGAUACCUAAUGAGUUAUGUCAUAACUAAAAUUAAUUAACACCAUAAACAUUUAGCGUCUCACUUUAUAUUAUUAUAUUGUGACAGUGAUCGAGAGCGAUUAUUGUUAGGCACACCUUAGUUCUCCUUACCUCUCCACCCUCCAUGCAAUUGUCAAUAACUGCUCAAGUAUUGAUUUGAAUGUUAAAAUCACUUUCAAAUAUUGCAUUACAUACAUAGAUGGCGUAGCUGGCGUUAGAUACCUUAGAUAAUAUAUUUAUUCAGUUUGCAAAUGGGAGCUUUUUAGGAUGGUCUGUGUAUAAGGCUCUAACUGUGUUGUUGUGUAUACGUCGUGUUAUUGUUAAUAAAUUGAUGUAUCAAA